AUCAUGCGAUAUGGUUGAUCGACAUUGGUGUCAGAGAGCGAAUACAUUUAACGCAGCAACUGACGCAUAUUUCGCACUGAGAUAGAAUAUUUAAAACCAGGCAAAGUGUUAUAUGGUCAAACUGAACAACGCAAAGGUGAUUCAAGGAGUCCAGGAUAGCAAAACACUUAUUUGCUUUCGUUUCGUGAGCUGCUGAACUCACUGAAGCUCUAUACCAAGUCGUUUGUUAGAAGCCAGUUUUAUUUUAUCCAGAGCUGAGUCGUCCCGCUAUCGGAGUUUGCUCUCUCCAUUACAGAUUUAAGAAUCUCGCUCGUCGACGUUGGUAAAGGAAAUUGGUGUAAAUAAACCAUUUGGCAGUUUUUCAGUUUCAAUGGAUGACGCAUCUAAAAAUCGCUCAGUUGUUUUCAAGAUUUUUUUCAUAUUGGCAUCAACAGGGCUGACAAAUGGUAGCAAGCUGGACGACCUGUUGAAUGACAAUAACCUACUUUUGUAUGUGACCAUUGGGUUUCUUUGUUUCUCUGUACUGUUCCUAUUUUUCGUGAUUCUGUUUAUCUCUAUCGUCAUCAUCAGAAUGCAGAAAAUAAGAAAAGCACAAAAAGAAGAGGAUGAAGUCGGCGGUAGAAUCAGUGAGACCAUCAUCGCAAAUCCAAAUGUUUUGCAACAGCCUCCUAGGCGAAGCUCGAACGCGAACGAACCAACAAAAUGGGAACGUCACCCAAACGCAGGGAAAAAUGGCGGUAAAAGGUUAUCGAAAGGGAACGUACCUGUGGACCAUCUGGAUUACAUGGACUUGAUAAUCAUGGACGCUGUGAAUAUGAACUUACCGCGCGCCAAGAAAAUUGAGAAUGAGAACCGAGAGAAAACUGUUUGAUUUACAUGAUUGUGCGAUAGGCUGCAAUACUAGCUGUGUGUUUUUUUUGGAUGUCUAGGCUACCCUUUGUAUGCGCUUGAGAUCACAAUUUGUAGAUUUGACUGUAGGAUACUUAAAAAACAGUGAAGAAAUUUUAUUUGCUCUUCCGGAAACAAUAAAACCUUUUUUUUCUUCUUCUUCUUUUUUUGCACUAA